GAUUUAAAAAACCAGUCUACAUCUACUUUUCUCGAAAGUACUGAUUUCAACUUUCCGAUGGCGGCAAGGGAUCAACCAAUGAGAAGCCUUGAUUGCAAAAAGAUGACGUCAAAUUGAAUAAACAUGGAGGCUUGAUAUUUCGCUCAAUAUUUCAACCAAAAGCCGGCAAUAAAAUGAACAGAAUAUUGUAGGCUAAUAAUAACAGAUAAAAUUAUAUAAAAUUUACACCCCAAUAUAUUUGUACAAUUGAAAAAUUGUGAUAUUAAAACUUUUAUGGAUUUUACACAUGGCUACAGUCACACCCACUACUUUACUACAGAAAAUUGACCAAAGUACGAUUACGAGUUAAGAAAAUAUUGUUAACACCACUCAACAGUAUUUUCAUUAAUAUAGUCCGCGGAAUGCAUAUUUCUGAUAAAUUAUUAGCAACUAGUCAGCAAAUUGCUACGAGCGUGGAAUUAUUUAACUUUAAGGUGUACGCUGGUGUACGCGGUAACUCGUUAUAGUCUAUUUGAAUAAAGUUCCGAACCGAGGCAAACUACGGUCAGUUUGCCGAUCGCUAGCGUUCGUCGCAGGCCGUUUGUACGUGGAAUUUUUACGAUUCGCAUGCGUUUUCCUUGAUUUGUCUGAAGAAACUCGUGAAUUGUCAGAAUGAGUGCUGAAGAGGAGGUGUUGCGUAUUCAGAAGAAGUUAAAUAAGAUGUCGAGCGGCGACGGAACGGGUCAAGAGCAGGCACUGGAGUUACUCAAGGUACUGCAAAAGUUACCAGUUGACCUAGAAUUACUUACGAAGACAAGGAUCGGUAUGACAGUGAAUGCAUUGCGGAAGUCUAGUAGGGAUGAGGAAGUUAUAUCUCUGUCAAAGACUCUCAUUAAGAACUGGAAGAAAUUCUUAGGUCCUGUCAAGGAUGGUAAAGACUCUAGUUCUUCGAGCAGUUCCAAAAAGAAAGAGGAAAAGUCUGAGAAGAAUAAAGAGGACAGUGACCAAAAGAAAGAUAAAGACAUUGGUGAUGGUGGUGACGUGAAAAUGAAGGAAGAGAAAAGUAGUAAGGAAACUCAAAGAAAACAAGCCUCAUUUCCUGCAGCAACCACAACAGAUGCUGUUAGGCUAAAGUGUAGAGAAUUAUUAGCCUCUGCACUUAGAGUGGAUGGAAAUUCCAUCGAUGGGUGUGCUAGUCCUGAAGAGUUGGCCGAGGAAUUGGAAGAAGCAAUUUAUGCUGAAUUCAAAAAUACGGAUAACAGAUAUAAAAACAGAGUACGCAGUAGAGUAGCAAAUUUAAGGGAUGUGAAAAAUCCUACCUUAAGAACAAACUUCAUCGUUGGUGCUAUCUCCUCUGCCCGUCUUGCCGUAAUGACGGCGGAGGAAAUGGCCAGCGACGAGAUAAAACAAUUGCGAGAACAAUUCAAAAAAGAAGCCAUCAAUGACGCACAACUUGCUACUGUACAGGGUACGAAGACCGAGUUACUAAAAUGUGGAAAAUGCAAGAAACGUAAUUGCACAUACAAUCAAGUUCAGACUCGGUCGGCUGAUGAACCUAUGACUACUUUUGUAUUGUGCAACGAAUGUGGAAAUCGAUGGAAAUUCUGCUAAGAAACUUUUGUCUCCUUUCGACCUCUUCUUCCUUGGUCUUGAGUUAUUGAAGGUGAGUUUGAACUGAGGGUAUUCUUAGCGAAGAGUGGCAGUUGUCAGAAACAGAGACAGAGCAAAGAAAUAUUAAAGUUAAUGUCAAAGACAUCGAGAUUUUUAAUCAUUAAAUAUAAGCAAUAUCCAUUGAUAUAGUUUAUAUAUCAUUUAAAUCGGAUUAAACUGUAGGUGAGAUAUUUGUGAUUUUAUUGUAUUUAAUUCACGCGGUAAGGUUCGAUUUUAUUGACAGAAUACACAUCGAUGAGACGUUCGUUCUAUUACAUUCAAUGUUUUUCUGUUACCUGCAUAUGUCUUUUUCACUCUGUCCUCCUAGGUCUCAUACAACUUAAUCGCGCAGUUGCCCUCUAGUUCAAAUUUCGGAAUAGUUUUAUUCUGAUGAACGUUUCAGAACCAUAUCAGUAACGUUUGGCUGAUAUGGUAAAAGGUAAAUCAGCGUAUCAAUAUAAUAAUUUGUCAAAAAAAAGGUCCGACAAAUUUUAAUUAAAAAUUUUACGAGGUUUAAUCUGGAACCUCAUACUACAGACCUAAGUAAGAAAAUAGAUUGUGUAUAUUAUUGUGUUCGCAAUGCAUCACGCGAAUAAAUUGGUGUGCAACACGAAAA